UAAAAUUGCAAGAAGAAAAUACUAAUGCAACAAUUAUAUUUCAAUGAAAUAAAUAAAAUAUGCAACAAUUAUAUUUCAAUGAAAUAAAUAAAAUAUAGCCUUCUACCGAUUAAAUGAUAAGCUUUACCGAAAAAAACAAAAUUUAAAAAAAAAUAAAAACUUAAUUGAAAAUAUAAAAACCAAAUUUUUUAGGUGUUUUUUUAUUUGCCCAUUUUCCAUUGAAAACUUCGCAGCAUUACAUGGCGAGUCGACGAUGGAAUUAACAACUGCUCCCUCUAAGAUUUAAAAAUCUUUCUGGGAUUCCAAACCCUAGCAGAUCUCUAUGGGUAAUUGGAACAUCUCAGAAGCUUUGAUCAUUGAUGAGGUGCAUUAUUGGAGAGGAAGCAAGCAAAUGAGCCAUCAAGCAUUCAAGCCAUGGUAAAGAGGAAGACCGUUGCCAACAGGCAACACAGGGCCCACCCGACAUACUAGGCCACGGACAGAGGAGCCAGCAGAGCCUUUUUAUGCACAGCGGGAGCCAGCACAGGCUACCCUACCUUAGUCACCAUCUCAUGAGCCUGAGGAUGACCACAUACCAUCCACUUCUGCGGCUCAUCCUGCUUUCACUCCAUUACCAUCUCCACCGCAGACUGGAGCUGAGCAUUCACAUAUACCACAUCAACCAGCUUAGCCAACUCACCUGGGGCGUGAUAAGCCCACGCCUCGAUAUGCGUACAUGACGCUCGACCAUGAGUCAGAGUUUGACACGGCCUUCUUAUCUCGAUCGGUGCUGACCCGAUCCGCCUACCAAGAUAUUAUUCAGAGGGGCCUAGCCGCUAUUAUUACCCCCGUUACAGAGCUGGUCUACCCACGGCUGGUUCGGUUGUUCUACCAGAACCUCUGACCAUCGCCGCGUACCACAGCCGAGAUGGUCACUUCUAUCGAUGGUUAACCGAUCACCAUUACAGUGGACACUUUAGCCCGCUCUAGCCGCUGUCCACAUAGAUGUCCCCCAGAGCUUUAGGACACAUAUCCGAGGCUAUUCAGGCCUUCAUAUGCCGACAUGGCAGUUUUCCUCACAGGUCACCAUACCAGUGGUGAGACCUUCGCCACCCGGAUAUUCCUUCCCGACGACCUAUGGUUUACUGAUUCCGUUCUCUAUCGGAAUAUAUAUAUGGCGGGGCACAAGAUUUAGAGGAGGGGCGAUUAUCUGACAGCCCUUUACUCUUUCUACACUGGGCACUGGGUGUCCACUCCCGCGCUCAUCUGGAGCGUGAUGAGGAAGUUGUAUGACGAGUACAUCAACAAAGAGAACCCCGGACGGGCUAAGUCUCUUCCUUUCAGCCACCUCAUCACCCAGAUUCUCAUUGAUCAGCCCUACCCCAUCCAUCCUCGGGAGCACCCCGAGAGAGGUUCCAGUCAUUACCGCAAGAAGAACUGGAACAAGACCUAUCGCUUCAUUAUUACCAGGCUGCAGGACCACGCGAUACUGGCUGCAGUGGAGUUGGAGUUAGAGGAACAGGCACAGGCCCAGGCAGAGGCAGCAGCAGCACAUCCUGUACCGGACGACGCACCAGUCGAUCUAGCUGCCGAGCACUUAGACAUAGACUUAGAGCGCCCUGCAGACGAUGUAGAGCAGGACUCCGCAACCAGGUCGCCCAUUCAUGAGCAGGAGCAGACUCAGGAGCUUUCUUCUGAUUCAUCUAUGCCUGAGACUCCAGAUAUGACCCCCGACUUUGGAGUACGUCUGCAGACGCUUGAGGAUGCUGUUGUUUCCAUCCGAGCUAACCUCACAGCCCACAGAGCUGAUUUUGCUGCCUUCCACACGGAUGUUGCGACCAUGUUCAGAGAUUUAUCUAGAGACAUCCGCGGAGCCAGACCUGCCUGUCCUACCUUAUCCUCCUGAGCUCCCAGUCUUUUCUAUCUUAUGAUCCCUCUCUCCUUUUGAUACUUUACUAUUGUCACUGUACAUUAUUAUUUUUACAGCCGGUCUGUCGGUUUUGAUAUUUUUGUUGUACUUGCACUUUAUCCAUUUUAUAUAUAUCUAUUUUUGCUAUGGAUGUCA